AUGCAAAUGCUUUUCUACUCUUUCUUCAAGUCCCUGGUAGGGAAGGACGUGGUAGUGGAGCUGAAGAACGACUUGAGUAUAUGUGGGACGCUGCAUUCUGUGGAUCAGUAUCUGAACAUCAAACUCACUGACAUCAGUGUGACCGACCCUGAGAAAUAUCCUCAUAUGUUGUCUGUCAAGAACUGCUUCAUCCGUGGCUCCGUCGUCCGCUAUGUCCAGCUUCCGGCCGACGAGGUUGACACACAGCUGCUACAGGAUGCAGCGCGGAAGGAGGCUCUUCAGCAGAAGCAGUGA